GGAGGACCUGCUCACCUGCUUCUUGGUGUCUCUUCUCUGUUUGCAGCACUGCAGCGCCACCAUGAGGACCACCACGUGUCUACAGUUCGUCCUUCCUGUUUUCUUACUCAUUAAAGGUGUCGGCUCUCAAUGGACAGUAUGGAUGCCCAAGGUCAUGUCCACCAUGAAGAGUUCCUGCAUCGUCAUCCCAUGCAACUUUCAGUACCCUUCUGGUGUGAGGCCUCAAAAUGGAGUCCAUGGCAUAUGGUACUUCGGAGACCCCUACCCUCAAAAGUACCCCCCGGUUGUGUUCAAGUCCCGGACGGACAUUGUUCACGAGAGUUACAAACACCGCACCAAGCUGGUGGGAGACCUGCGGGAGAAGAACUGCACGCUGCAGAUCAGCAACAUCGGACUCGAACACGGGGGGAAGUAUUUCUUCAGAGCGGAUUUGGGGGGCUCCAACGUUUACACCUACCCCGACUUUUCAGACGUCAGGGUCUUAGACAGCCCCAUCAUCGAUGAACCCGAGGAGAUCAUCAAUGAGAUGGCAGUGACGCUGAGCUGCUCUGCCCCGAAUAACUGCCCUGGCAUGACCCCCGAGGUCAACUGGUUCAACACAGAAGGGUUAGAAGAGCCACUCGUGACGGUCAAAUUUAUCGACGAUGUGGACAACACCAUGGUGUCCUCUGAGCUCUCCUUCGUCCCCUCGUACACCCACAACGGCAAGGAGCUGGGCUGCAAGGUGCACUACCCCAACACCAGCCUGUCGUAUGGAAGCAUGGUCGCCCUGGACGUCAAGUAUCCACCCCGAGAAGUGGAGGUGAACAUGUCCUUAGAAGCGAUGGAAGGCAGCACGGUGGUCCUGCACUGCAUUGUGGACAGCAACCCCCCUCCGCUCAUCACGUGGUACCUGUUCGAUGUUCUCAUCAAGGAGGAGGAGGCACAAAACUCCACGCUGGUCCUCGAGAACCUGCAGCCGAGCCAGGAGGGGAUCUACACGUGCAACGCCGAUAACAAAUACGGGGAGAAGAACAAUUCCCUCUUUGUGGCCGUCAAGUACCCCCCACGGGAGCCAUCAGUUAAUUCUUCAGUGACCAUACAAGAAGGGACGACCAUCACACUUCACUGCAGCUCCGAGGGCAACCCGGUGCCAACACUGACCUGGUUCAAAGACGGCACCUUGGUCAGCAGCAUUGUCUCCGAAAGCCAAUCCAUCCUUGAAAUCCGCGACAUCACCUUUGAGAGUGACGGCAACUACCGCUGCUUAGCGGAGAAUGAACACGGCCGAGCCAGCGGCCAUGUCAACGUGACUGUCCAGUUUGCACCCGUGUUCCUGACAGAGUCAAAGUGCACCGUCAUUCGGGAAGGAAUCCAAUGUGUGUGUAUGGCCUCUGGAAACCCGGAGCCAAGUGUGGAGUUCACCCUGCCGGAUGAGAACCUGACGAUCAAUGAGACGGAGGACGAGUUCAGUUACUACUCGAGCACCGACGGCUACGUGGUGACCGGAAUGAUCAAGCUGAAGGAGAAGCCGCCGACCGGACUCAAUGUCUUAUGCACCAUGUCCAACGUCUACGGCAACGAGACCAUCAAACUGGAACUGCAGCAGGAAAAAAAGAUCACUUUGGCGGUGGUCAUCGGCACCGUCGGUGGAGUGGCUGUCAUCGCUUUCAUCAUCGCGGCUGUGCGCUACAUUGGGCGCAACAACCAGAAGUAAGUGACUCAGUGCACAUUCGCCCAGCAGCCAGAAAACCCACCGAUGAUCUACAGCUCUGUGAAGAAGGAAGCCGAAAGCCUCCGCAAGAAAGUGAUUAGGACUGAACUUUUGGGUUCAAAGUUUACGUCAAUCCUUGAAGAGCCCUACAUGGGCAAUGACGGCGAGUACCAGUACCCCAAAGGCACCUCGGAGUCGGAGCAGGAGCAGGAGCUCAACUACGCUUCUCUACAGUGUUCGAGCCAUCAGUGUAAGGAAUCCUCUGUCCAGACAGACAUAGUCAGCGAUUACACGGAGAUUAAACGAAAAUGAGACGAGCUCCAGUGCCCUCAUGCCAAGCUGAUCUUCCCCAUUCCUCAUCUCAUCACAACGUUUGUGGCCUUCCGGGUCUGACGAAAAUCAAAACCCGAGCGAUGCACCACAAAGAGCCAGUCUACUGCCGAGUUUAACGUCCGUCCCUCACGGUGGCCCUCAUUACGAUGCCCGAAGAAGACCCUCCCCAGAGCCCCGUCUCGCCCCUCUGUGUACAGAACUGCGUAGAACUGCACAAUGUGUGACAAAAAUAACAAGCUAUUGAGAUGUGUGAGCUGGCGCUGAGGAGGGUGGUGAAGUGCAGGGCAUUUUGAGGGCCGUUUUGUUCCCUUUAUGAUGUGUGAGAAUCCCGACCUAAAACAUACAAGAGUCAUUGGGCUCAGUUAGUUUUGAAGGAUUCACAGCAUGCAGAAUUAAAGUAACUAAUCCGUUUUCUCCACUGUCACCUGGUCUGUCUGAGUGUUUGCACACAGGAAUAACCGCAGCACACAAUCCAAACUGAAAAUCUCCCGUGCUGAGUAAAGUGAACACACGCAGAUCUUUGUCUAGAAUUCAGAAAUGGGGCCUUGAAAGAUGAAUGAAUGGCCCGCUUAGUCAGUGAAGACAAAAUGAUAUCCUCAGCCCUUCCAUUCUUCACAUUGAUUUCAUCCCAAGGUAGGGAGCAGCAAAGAGCUCAAGGUGGGACGACAUCAAGUAGUCGAUGAGCUGGUGGGCCUACGGGUGGGAGCUGGAAAGUUGAGUCCAUCAAGACAUCUGAAUAUCGUUCCCCUCUUUAUCCUUGGUAAAUCAUUGGUGGGUGUCAUUUGGUCUCGACUGACGAUAAGAUAAGAGUGGAUGAAACUUACAAACGGCAUUGAGCAGAACAAUGCGUGCACAACUGUAUUCUCAAUUCAAUGUGUGGAAUAAUUUGCAUUUCUGUUACGAUUUGAAUUUCCAGGAAGGCUUUUCGCAAUCUACACAUCUGUUCUGGGGUUUGCACAUCCAAGGAAUGCAAUUCUGAUGUUAGUUUCUUCCUGCCGUGAAUCUGGAAAGAGUUUCACAUUUUUAACGUCUUCCCGUGACACCGUUUUGUGCUGUUCAUGGGCGCCGACGUUUUGCAUCGACCGUUACAACGGCAGUUACUCACCAUCCCCUGGGAGUGUGCGCCGUUAUCAGUGGGUCCGUAUAAAUGUCGGCACGUGGGGUCUCUGACUAUCGGAGUAUUGGAUACAAACGCCAGUAAGCAUCUUUACUUUACAAUUCUAGCUCUUUUGGAUUACCGCACAUCUUUUCUGGCAUUUGCUUCUUUGAUUUUUGUUUGGCGAUCAACACGUGAGAACAGGAAGGUUUGAACAACUUUGUCUUUUCUUUUGAACUUCUAACCGCUUUAUAGUACAAAGUCUUUUUAAGUCGUUCAUUUUGUGUCAUUCACCUGAAAGUCAAAGGCGUUGAGUUCCUGCCUGGGAGUCUUUUCAUGCUUUAAUAUCCACAGAAGUCUGCCUGCAAUUUAAUUUUUAAAUGAAGUCCUCUAGUCCAAAAACUAGCAAACCACCAGAUGUGUGCAUAACCUCAACACGGUCAUGAUGGUUGCUAGGUAACAGCAGUCGGGGGCGGGACUUGGCAAUGGCGGAAACAGAAGCGCAUGGCGGUGCGUAUGGAUGUGGAAAAGAUUCACAUUUGAAAAUACGUACUGCACUGCUCCGCGGCGAUAUGGUCGACAGGCGUAAACCGAAUUGACGACACCGACGUAACUCACAUCACGUGUGCUACGGAAACAAAACGGGCGAACAUGGAAGGGGGAAACAAAGCUUUAGGAAGCCAUGUUCCUUGUUUUGUACCCCCAAAAACUCUUUAGGGGGCUUUGUGUUUAGCAAUCAUAACAGGGCCUGCAAAACCAAUGGUAGUGUCGGUGAAACUGCGUGCGAAUCGAAACGGCCAUCACUACUCACUCAAAUAUGUUCGCAUUUACCAAGGAAUAAAGAAUGUAACAAUAUUCAAAGUUUAGGCCAAUCCAACACCAUCAAGUAGAUCUUUUUAUAAAAUCGUAAAGAUAAAAGCUAUCAAGCAGCACAGAGCCCUGUAAUUACCCUAAACAAGCACCGCUCUUCAAAAGAAGCUGAAUAUUUCUAAUUAAUUCCUUUCUCCGUCAUCUUUAUAAAUUUUAGCAACAGUCUCUUCCCAAUUUAAAGUAUUUUUGUUUCCCCUGUACUUCUGUCCCUAGUAAUGUCACACAACAAGGAAUGUUCUAGAAGAGCGAUAGCC